CGGACCGCCCUCUGCAAGGCACGGAGGCGCGAGAGGAAAGAUCGUUGUCCAUUCGUAAACAAAUCCUAAAGCUAGACGCACGGAGGGGACUUGCUCCCACAAGACCACGGAAUCCGGUCACACCAGGACCCCCCAGGACCGACCAAGACCCAACGGGACUCUACUGGACUGGACUCUGCUGUAACGGACUCUUCUGGACCGGAAUCUAUACUGGACCGGGCUCUUCUGCACCGGAUUCUACUGGACCUCCAACGACCGGACUGUCUACUGGACCGGACCGUACAGGUCUUGACUGGGAGCUGUGGGAGACUACUUGACCGGACUGGGAGCAUUGGUAGACUCUACUGGUCUGGACUGGGAGCAGUGGGAGACUCUAGUAGUCUGGACUGGGAACAGCGGGAGACUCUACUGGUCUGGACUUGGAGCAGUGGGUGAUACUACUGGUCUGGACUAGAAGCAGUGGGAGACUCUACUGGUCUGGACUGGGAGCAGGAGACUCUACUGGACCGGACUGGGAGCAUCGGGAGCGUCGCUGACAGCCGGACGGAUUCAGCUCAGAAACACAACAGAGUCAAACGAUGUUGCCAUGGUUACAUGGUAGAAUGCGCAUGACCGGACGUCGCCUGUCGCGCUCGGAAUGGCUCGCGAGGACGCAGUGAGGUGUCUGCGCUGCCUGCUAUACGCCCUCAACCUGCUGUUCUGGCUGAUGUCAGCAUGUGUUCUGGGCGUGGCGGCGUCCAUCAGAGACCACCUGAGCCUGGUGCUGACCCUGACCGCCCACACCAGGCUGGAGGAGGCGGCCGUCCUCACCUACUCCCCGGCCGUCCACCCGGUCAUCAUCACUGUCUGCUGCUUCCUGGUCAUCGUGGCCAUGGUGGGCUACUGCGGGACCCUGCGGUGCAGCCUGCUGCUGCUGACCUGGUACUUUGUGAGCCUGCUGCUGAUCUUCUGCGUGGAGCUGGCCAGUGGGGUGUGGACCUACGAUGAGCCGGCCGUCCAGAGGUCAGAUAUGAUCAGCCUGAAGGCCAGGAUGUCGUCCUUCGGCCUGCAGCACUACCAGUGGCUCACACACACCUGGAACGUCUUCCAGACCGAGUUUAAGUGCUGCGGGGUGAUCUACUUCACCGAUUGGCUGGAGGUGACGGACAUGGAAUGGCCGCCCGACUCCUGCUGCACCAAUCAGUAUCCAGGAUGCGCUCGCCACGCCCACCAGAGGGACCUGAGCGACCUGCACCAGGAGGGCUGCGGUCCUAAGAUCUUCAGCUUCAUCCGCGGGACGCAGCAGCUCCACAUGCUGCGCUUCCUGGGCGUGUUCAUCGGCGUGCUGCAGAUCCUGGCCAUGGUGCUCACCCUGACGCUGCUCUGGGCGCUCCACUACCACCCCGCCCCGCCGCUGGGCCCCCCCGCCGCAGCCCCCCGUCCCUCCGACCCCCCCGCCCCCCUCCCUGCCGACGACCCCACCGCCCCGCUCAUGGCGUCCGCGGCCCUCUGGGCCUCGCCGCCCGGCCGGACCUGCAGGACCCCCUCCACCACGACCCCCCCCACCGCAACCCCCUGGGCAGCCCCCAACACCAUGACCCCCCCUACCAGGAACCCCCUACAGUACGACCCCCACGUGGACAUGAGGCGCCUGGCGUCCUAGCAGUUAGGGUUAGGGUGCCGUGAUUCCCCCCCCAAACAGCCGU